ACUUGAGAUCAAAAAAGCAGAAAUUAUCAAGACGUCUCCUUCAUCUAUCGACAUCAAGACUCCGGUAAGUCCAACUUCUACACAUAGACACUUUGCACCGAAUAAAAAGCAAGCAAAUAUUAGUCAAGACAACACAACUACGAGUUGUACUUCAAAGAAAGAAAAGAGCGAAUUGUUACAGUCAGCUGUCGAAAAGGAUAUCAAGAUAAAGAAAGGGGAAGAAGCUAAGAAAAGAGAGGAAGAAGAAACUAAGAAAAAAGCCAAAGCUGGUGAAGCUAGUCCUACAGGAGCUGCUAUUGAAGUUGAGGAACAAGAGCAAGACGACCAAGAAC